GUCGUCAUGAUGCUUGUUGGUCUUUCAGCCUUUGCCCUGUUUGGCGUGUUCCUGUUCCAGCGCGACAUGGUGUACCCAGCAGGCUUCCCUGCCAACUCUCGGACGCGGGUAAGUUGCGAUAUACAAGGGAUGCAGUAAUGACCUGCACAUUUGCAACACCGCCCAACUAAACCUAGACGUCUUUAGGUCUCACUACCCUCUCAGUUCGGCAUGCCCAACUUUGACGACCUCCGGCUGGAGACGUCCGACAAGGUGGUGAUCCGCGGGUAUCUGAUUAAACGCGAGACAGACGAGGAAACCAAACGCGCACCAACGGUUCUGUACCUCCACGCCAACGCCGGCAACAUGGGCCACCGCCUGCCCAUCGCCAAGGUCCUGUACGAUAAGCUGAAGUGCAAUGUUUUCAUGCUAUCGUACCGUGGCUACGGGCUCUCUGACGGACAGCCGUUUGAGGCUGGUAUUAAGACCGAUGCCCUGACGGCGCUGCAGUUCCUGCGCUCCAACCCGCUGACAGCCAACACAAAGAUUGUCGCCUUCGGGCAGUCACUGGGCGGCGCCGUGGCCAUCGAUCUCGUGUCAAGCAAUCAGGACGAGUUUGUCGGUCUGAUGCUCGAGAACACGUUCUUGUCGAUUCCCAAGCUGAUUCCCAGCGUUAUGCCGCUGCUGCGCUACCUGACCUUCCUGAGCUGGGAGAAAUGGAACUCGGAGCAGGCUAUCCGCAAGGUUGCUGGCGUGCCAAUCCUGUUCUUGUCUGGGCUGCGGGACGAUUUGGUGCCGCCGCCGCAGAUGCGCAAGCUUUUUGAGCUGGCCAGCCGUGAGGAGAAGAACCCGGUCACAUGGGAGGAGUUCGAGAAUGGCUCGCACAAUGAUACUUGCGGGCAGGAAGGGUAUUUUGAGAAGAUAGCUGCGUGGUGGGAGGCCCAUGUCGUGGCUGCUGACCCGUAUGUGCCGACGGGCCGGCUCAGCGGAAUGGGCACCAAGGAUAUCAUCGAGCGCAGCAACGGCACCCGCGAGAUCAUCGACAAGGAUGAGCACCCGGCUGAGCCGGCUGAGGAGAAACCAGGCCAUGCCAAAAAGGACGAUUAGAUUUUCAGCAUGUUUUAGUAUUGCGAAUUAACGGCUUCGUUUUUUUU